AUGGGCUGCCUGCACAGCAUCACUUGCAAAGCGCGGGUCCGGCGGGAGGGCAUCGCCGUGUCCGACGUGGCCGCCAGCAUCGAGCGGGGCCCCACGCUCAUCGAGGAGACCUCCCCCAUCGUCCUGCGCUACAAGACCCCCUACUUCCGAGCCUCCGCCCGGGUGGCCAUGCCCCCCAUCCCCCGCCGAGAGACCUGGGUGGUGGGCUGGAUCCAGGCCUGCAACCACAUGGAGUUCCUCAACACCUACAGCGACCUGGGCAUGUCGAGCUGGGAGCUUCCCGACUUGAGGGAAGGGCGGGUGCAAGCCAUCAGCGACUCGGACGGGGUGAGCUACCCUUGGUACGGGAACACCACGGAGACCGUGACCCUGGUCGGCCCCAUCAGCAAGACCUCCCGCUUCUCGGUCAGCAUGAACGACAACUUCUACCCCAGCGUGACGUGGGCCGUCCCCGUGAGCGACAGCAACGUGCCGCUGCUCACGCGCAUCAAGAGGGACCAGAGCUUCACCACCUGGCUGGUGGCCAUGAACGCCACCAGCAAGGAGAAGAUCGUCCUGCAGACCAUCAAGUGGAGGAUGCGGGUGGACAUCGAGGUGGACCCGCUGCGGGUCCUGGGUCAGCGGGCCCGGCUGGUGGGCCGGGCCCAGCAGGACCAGCCCCGCGUCCUCCAUCGGAUGGAGCCCAUCCCCCAUAACGCCCUGGGGAAGCCCAAUGCCAACGAUGCCCAGGUCCUCAUGUGGAGGCCCAAGCGGGGGCCGCCCCUGGUCGUCAUCCCAGCCAAAUAGGGGUCCGCCGGGCAUCGUCGAGGGGGCCCGGGGCCAAACUGAAUCUCUGAGCCGAAGGAGACCCUCUCACCGUGACUGCCGCUCGGGCCCUGGGGGGCUUGUGCGGUGGGGUGGGGGAGAAGGGGUCUCCCUCGGGGGUCCCCACCCCAUCCCGGUUCCCGGGAAGGUCUUCCCGCGAUCCGGCAGAGCGCCUGGGGCCUCCGUCGCGUCCCCAAUCCGUCGACGGCGCUUUAUCGAGCGUCCCCGCGGGCCGGAAGCGAAAUUGGGAGGCCUCCCCAAGAGCGUCUUGCGAGGGCUUCCUUCAGAUCCGGCCCCCGCCGCCCGGCCGGAAGGGAUGGGUGAGGGUGGGGAGGCCCCCCACGUGUCGCCGGGACGUUUAUACCUAUGCAUUUUUUCCGGGUUUUUGAAUCGGUAAUCAGGAGGUCGUCCGCGAGGAGGGAAAUGGGCAGCCGCGGUGCCAACGCUAGGCACCGUGGAUGCCGCCCACCGGGGUCGGGAUCUCCUCAGAGUAUCGUUCCCGUUGGCGUGGGUUUCCUCGCUGUCGUGCAGCAGGCCGAGAUCUUCAGGAGCCCCUCCGCUCCUCGCGUUUUCAGAAGGAAAAGUCCCCAAGGGCCACGUAGUCGACAGCUGUUCCGUUCUUCCUCUAAACCGGCCCUAACUUUUGCCAAAAGAAAAGACCUGUCCUGGCCAAUUUGGCCGGCUAGGUCUCCUAGCUCUGGACGUGAAGGGGGAUGAGGGAGCGUUUCCUUCCUCAGGUUGGGCUGAUAGGUGAGGUGAUGUGUUCAAACACCAUCUCCGCAUGACAUAUCGCCCGACCGCCUCACUUGAAGCAUCUGGGAAAUCCCUGGAGGUUUGCGUAGAUUGUACCCAGCUAGAGCUCAUGGAUUAUGAGCCCCGUGAAGGUCCGUGUCUAAUUCCCACCUGUAUGCUCCCUCCCAGCGCUCAGUUAUGAGAAUGAUAAUAA